CCCCCACUCCCUUCUUUCCUUCUGUCUCUCCAUACACGCGCGCGGGUACACACACACACAUAGACACACACACACACACGCACACGCACACGCACACACGAACGCACACACUUGUAUUUGGUGCUGUCGUAAAACCCACGUGUCCAGCCAGGGGACUGCCAGAGCAGAGCCGAAGCGCCGAAGCGACCGAGCGCAGCUGCCCGAGGCGGCUCGGUCCCGAGUCCUCCAGCGCUCCCGCGCUCUCAGCGGAGCUGCUCUUGCGCCCUCCGCGGGCCUCGGCGGGCCUCGGCGUCUUUUGCUGGCAUCCCGGGAGGGUUCCAGGCGGCGGGGUCUCUAAGACCCUCCACCUCCUCCGCCUUGGGGUCAUGUAGCUCGCCCGGGGCUCCCACUCUCCGCUCGUGCAUCGACACGGCCUCCGGAACGCAGGCACGCUAGCACUGGCCGCUGCUCUCGGUUCCCAGCUCGAGGCGUCGGACAUGCUGAAGCCGGGGGACCCCGGUGGCUCGGCCUUCCUCAAAGUGGACCCAGCCUACCUGCAGCACUGGCAGCAACUCUUCCCGCACGGAGGCGGCGGCGGCCCGCUCAAAGGCAGCGGGACCGCGCUUCCCCUCGGCGCGCCCCAACCCCUGCAGCCGCCGCCGCCGCCGCCUGCCGCCGCCGCGCUGGCGGGUCUCUCGGCCUUGCCGGUGGCGCAGAUGCCGGUGUUCGCGCCCCUAGCUGCUGCUGCGGUGGCCGCGGAGCCGCUGCCCCCCAAGGACCUGUGCCUGGGCGCCUCCACGGGCCCUGGGCCCGCUAAGUGCGGUGGCGGCGGCGGUGGCGGCGGCGCGGGGGACAGCCGGGGCGUCCCGCGUUUCCGCUGCAGCGCCGAGGAGCUGGACUAUUACCUGUACGGCCAGCAGCGCAUGGAAAUCAUCCCGCUCAACCAGCACACCAGCGACCCCAACAACCGUUGCGACAUGUGCGCGGACAACCGCAACGGGGAGUGUCCCAUGCACGGGCCACUGCACUCGCUGCGCCGGCUUGUGGGCACCAGCAGCGCUGCGGCCGCGGCACCCCCGCCGGAGCUGCCCGAGUGGUUGCGGGACCUGCCGCGGGAGGUGUGCCUGUGCACGAGCACCGUGCCCGGCCUGGCGUACGGCAUCUGUGCGGCGCAAAGGAUCCAGCAGGGCACUUGGAUUGGGCCCUUCCAGGGCGUGCUCCUGCCACCGGAGAAAGUGCAGACCGGCGCGGUGAGGAACACGCAGCACCUCUGGGAGAUAUAUGAUCAAGAUGGGACACUUCAGCACUUUAUUGAUGGUGGGGAGCCCAGCAAGUCGAGCUGGAUGAGGUAUAUCCGAUGUGCAAGGCACUGUGGAGAGCAGAAUCUAACAGUAGUUCAGUACAGGUCGAAUAUAUUCUACCGAGCCUGUAUAGAUAUCCCCAGGGGCACCGAGCUUCUGGUGUGGUACAACGACAGCUACACGUCUUUCUUUGGGAUCCCCUUACAAUGCAUUGCCCAGGAUGAAAACUUGAACGUCCCUUCCACAGUCAUGGAAGCCAUGUGCCGACAAGACGCCUUGCAGCCUUUCAACAAAAGCAGUAAGCUUUCUCCCUCCGGCCAGCAGCGCUCCGUGGUUUUCCCACAGACUCCCUGCAGCAGGAAUUUCACCCUCUUGGAUAAAUCUGGGCCCAUUGAGGCAGGAUUUAGCCAAAUCAACGUGAAGAACCAGCGGGUCCUGGCCAGCCCAACCUCCACCAGCCAGCUGCAUUCGGAGUUCAGCGACUGGCACCUUUGGAAGUGCGGCCAGUGCUUUAAGACUUUCACACAGCGAAUCCUCCUGCAGAUGCACGUCUGCACACAGAACCCGGACAGACCCUACCAGUGUGGCCACUGCUCCCAGUCCUUUUCCCAGCCGUCAGAACUGAGGAACCACGUGGUCACCCACUCCAGCGACAGACCUUUCAAGUGUGGCUACUGUGGCCGCGCCUUCGCUGGGGCCACCACUCUCAACAACCACAUCCGGACCCACACUGGAGAAAAGCCCUUCAAGUGUGAGCGGUGUGAAAGAAGCUUCACACAGGCCACGCAGCUGAGUCGACACCAGCGAAUGCCCAACGAGUGCAAGCCAAUAACCGAGAGCCCGGAAUCAAUCGAAGUGGAUUAACUGAUUGACUGGCUGGAAUUAAACUGCAAGGAAAGUCAUGAUUAAAUGUCACGGACACUUAAGCAAAACCAAAGAUUUCCUCGGAGCAACUUUCAAUCAGUCCCAGAAAACCAAAAGCAGUAAUAAAAUAAGUAAGAUGUUAAGAGAUAUUGAUCCUGGCAUGGAAGUCAGACCAGGAAAGAGAUUAUUUAUUUAUGACUAGGGAUGAGACUGAUUUCCGUGGACAACUCACCUGGGAUGGCUAGCAUUUCCAGUCCAACCAUGAGUUUGCUUUAUUUCUAAAAAAGCUUUUUUUAAAUAAAUAAAAAAAAAAAACUGUUAUUUAAUACCAAAGGGAGGAUUCCUCUGCCCACAGUUGUGAGAAAGAACGCACAGGGACUUGGUUCUCAUUGCACCUUUUUUUUUUUCUUUCUUUUUUUUUUGGUAGUAGCAUGUUUCAAGGGGACCCAUUGUACGGCCUUCCUCCUUCUGUCAAGGCCUGGCCCACCCGGUGUGGGUGACCCCAGCGAGGAUGGCUGAGGCAGAAGUGAGAACCUGGCUGGCUAGCCCGGCGCCACCUGCAGCCUCCUCGGAGGCGGCCCGUGUCUGUAGUUUUCAUGUUUCAUGCACUUUCUUGUGGCUCCUUUCCACCCGCCAGCCUGGAACUGAUGCUGGAGAAAGGAAGAAAAACGGCUUCAGAUGGCCAAGUCGAAGGACGAACGUGGAGGGCUUGCUUUGUCCUGUCCGGAUGUCAGAAACCUUUGCCGUGUACGGCGCUUCACAGUACAAUAUAUCGUCCUGAAGCAGCUAGUGGAGGAAAUGUUGUUUCCGGUAACGUUUUUUAGCUUAAGAAAAAUGAAAACAGAAAUAAAGUUCUUUGGUCUGAGGCUGAA